AUGCUACUCAUGCUACAAAAGUGGCCAGGCCAAACCUUGGAGCUGGCGAUGCUUCUGGAUGAGACGCCGCAGUUUCACGCGCGCGCGAUGCACAGCGGGGAACCCUGGCGCGCUGAUUCUGUCCUAUGCGCGGCGGCACGCUCGGUAGACUUGGAGGGCUGCGCCUGGCUGUACGUCGUGUUUGAAAAGGAUCCGCCAUACACGUGGGGGUCCAAGAUGGUCAAGCUGCUUGGCGGUGGGCGAAUCGCACGCAAGGACGUGUCGGACGAGGGGGUACCGACUGGGAUGUAUAAAGAGUUGCGUUAUGAGGUCUUGGCGAGGCAUGUGUUUCAUAAUAUUAUUGGGAGAGAUUCGCAAAGUGGAUAUCAGGUUAUUCGGAAUUGUUCUUUGGGAGCACCAGAGGAAGUGGACAAGGUGAUUCAUAGAAAGCACAGCUCGAGAGGAAGGAGGGCUAUGGAGGACGAAAGGGAGCGCAGUCCUAUGUAUCUUAGGGAGUUGAGAGAACGGAGGGAGAACCAGAAAAUGAUGAGUUCGGGUGAGCGCUGGGACGAAAACAAGGCACGGAGGAUUGCAGCCUCAGAAUAUCCGCUUGACCCAUUGCUCGGGAAAGCUAUCGCGCAGGUUAAAACGACGGGCGCGGCCUUGCCGCCUUUUUUGCCGGAUGGCAACAAGACUUGGUGCUGCCUAGUGUGGGAACGCAAGGAGGCCGGGUUGGAGGUAACGAUGGAGAAGGAGAAAAUCACUGACGAGAGGGAUGUUGAUAACUUGGAGUUGUUCAGGAAGCGGGGUUUCCACAUGAUCGAGUAUCAAAGAAGGCCGUUUGUGCAGAUAAUCAUGGGACGGCUUGGCUUUAUCAGAAGGUCGAGGAACAAUGAGCGGCGGGCGCCGUCUUUGGUCAACGUUUGCUCCGGGCACUUGCGAAACAUAGUGAUGUCGAUGGACUCGAUAGCGAAGGCGACUUCGUGCGGGGCGUUUCCUGACCGGGCGAUUGCGGAUCGAACCGCUGACGGAGAGAGGUGA